AUGGUAGAGAUGUCAUUAAAGACUAAGGUUGGUAACUUUCCUAAAAUAACAGUAAAGGAUAGCAAGAAGUUAUAUGAUCUCUAUGAUGUGCUGAUGGAAAUAGAAGCAGUGAAGCAAGAUCCAAAAUACAAACAACUUCUGAGUUAUUAUGAUUCGUCAGCUGGUAUCAUCCCAAUAGUACACAAAUUACCUGUCCAUCUACAAGGAAAGUGGAGCGACAGGGCAACGAAAUAUAAGAGGGCACACGAUGUAGGGUUUCCACCAUUCAAUGUGUUUUGUGAUUUCAUCAAAGAUAUGAGUUUGAUGUUAAAUGAUCCAGGCCUUACAUUUUGUACGGAGAGUUCUAGUUCGUCAAGAACAACCAGACCACUCACUGAAAUCCGCAAACAGUCUACAGUGUACACCAGGAAAACAGAAGUGCAGGGAGAUUUGGAACAAGGGCGAUUACUGAAGUGUCCCAUUCAUCAUUCCAACCAUUCUUUGAACAAAUCAAAGGACUGCCAAGCCUCUGUUCGCUGCGAAGACUGUGGAAGUCAGCGUCAUGCAACAGCACUUCAUAUGGUUGAGAGCAACAAAGUAAGUCAAGUGCAGAGUACAGCAGUCAAAGAGUCUUUACAUGUCACACCCGAGAAAGAGCAUGGCGGGGAGCCUGCCAAUGAUCUUGUCUCCAAAUGCACCCAGCUGUGUGGUCAGAACUUUAAUGGACGAUCCUGCGCUAAGACUGUGUUAGUACAAAUCUUUCCAAAAGGACAUCCUAACAAGGCAGUGAAAGUAUAUGCCAUCCUAGAUGACCAAAGCAACAAGACUCUUGGUACUUCAGCUCUUUUUGAUGCGCUGGGUGUUGCUGAUGACAAGUUCGAAUACUCGCUGUCUUCCUGUGCUGGAAAGGUUCUGUUGUCAGCACGACGAGCUAAUGAUCUCUGUAUCCAGCCUUGUGAUGGUGGAGAGACAUUUGAUUUGCCGCCAGUGAUCGAGUGUGACAAUAUGCCCAAUGAUCGAUCAGAAAUCCCAACACCAGAAAUAGCCAGAUAUUAUGAGCAUCUGCAUCAUAUUGCAUGCCAUAUACCAGAACUGGAUCAGUCAGCAGAAAUAAGCCUCCUUGUUGGUCGAGAUCUGCCCGAGGUUCAUCAUGUAAAGAGUCAGGCAAUUGGUCCCAGGCAAACACCAUUCGCACAAGAAUUACCUUUGGGAUGGGUGAUAAUUGGUGAAGUGUGCCUUGGACGAUUUCAUUCAUCCAGAACCAUCCAAGUGUCCAAAACAUUUCUGUCUAAGGAUAGAAGACAAACUAUUCUACAACCUUGUGAAAACACACUGAAUAUCAAGGAAAUCCAUGGCGGUCUGUCCAAAGAGCAUUUUGGUACAAAUAGCGGUAUAUUUGUCAAAACCAAGGAUGAUGACAAGUUAGGCUUGUCUGUAGAUGAUAGAGAGUUCUUGACAUUCAUGGACAAAUCCUUCAAGAAGAACAGCAAUGGUCAUUGGACAGCGCCCUUACCAUUCAAGGAGCAACGACCUGUCUUACCUAACAACAAAGUCCUAGCCUUGAAACGAGCCCAUUCCUUGGAUGUUAGCCUGAAGAAGAAUCCCACUAAGCGAGACCAUAUGGUUUCCUUCAUGAAAGGCGUUAUAGGUAGAGGAGCAGCAGAAGUCGCACCACCGAUUUCAGAAGGCAGAGAAUGCUGGUAUCUGCCCUUAUUUGGGGUAUAUCACCCCAGAAAACCUGAUAAAAUUCGAGGCGUUUUUGACUCUUCAGUGGUGUACCAAGGAAUGUCACUCAAUAGCGUCUUGUUGACAGGUCCUAACUUAACGAAUAGUCUGCUUGGAGUCUUGCUGCGUUUCCGCAGAGAUCAGAUAGCAGUGAUAGCCGAUAUAGAACAAAUGUUCUAUUCAUUCUAUGUAAAUGAAGAGCACCGCGAUCUCCUGAGAUUCUUAUGGUAUCGCAACAACAACCCAGAGGAUGAGCUGAUAGACUACCGCAUGCGAGUGCAUGUGUUCGGCAACACUCCAUCACCAGCUGUAGCUACGUAUGGAUUACGUAAGGCUGUUAAAAACAGUGAUAAAGAUGUUAGGGAUUUUGUUGAAAGGAACUUCUAUGUUGAUGAUGGGCUGGUUUCUGUUCCAACCACAGAGGAAGCUAUUGAACUAGUGAAGAAAACACAACAAGUAUUGAAGGACCAAGGGAGCAUUAGAUUACACAAAAUCGCAUCUAAUAGUGUAACAGUUAUGAAUGCAUUUCCCACUCAGGACUUGGAGAAGAGCUUAUCCCAAGUCAACAUUGGAUCGGAUGCGUUACCAGCACAGCAAAGCCUCGGCCUGUCAUGGGAUCUCAACUCGGACACCUUUACCUUUAACAGCCAAUUAGAAGAUAAACCAUUCACCCAAAGAGGACUCCUUUCUACCCUAAAUAGUUUAUUCGACCCGAUGGGUUUCAUAGCACCCCUAGUCAUCACAGGGAGAAUUUUGGCCAGGAACAUUUGCAGUACAAACGCUGCAUGGGACGAUGACUUACCUGAUACUUACCGGCAGGAGUGGGAGAAUUGGAAACAAUCUCUGCAUGGCCUUAGUCACUUUAGUAUCCCUCGGAUGUUCAUGCUCGAUUCUCUCAGCAAGGCAGACAAACCUGAGAUACAUAUCUAUUCAGAUGCCUCUGAGAAAGCAAUAGCAGCGGUUGCCUUUGUUAAGGAUUCUGAAAGUGGAAAAUAA